AUGGCUGAAGACGUACAGGAGACACUCAGCGGCGACGAAAAAGAAUACAGAGAGGCAGAGUGCUUGUAUGGCCCACCAGUUGAGUACGAGAGUGACGAAGCAUAUGAAAAACUGGCACAUCAGAUACAUGAAAAGCAGGAGCCCGUUGACUAUGAAAUAGAGCACGAAAAGAGGGAUGGUUUCAGCGGGGUUGAUAGUGCUGGUCCAUUUAUUGAAGGUGAGAAACUUGACAGGCCUGCGAAGAAUAAUGUCCAGCAGCAGACACCGGUCAUGGCUACCUGGAAGCUGACGAAAUACGCGUAUGUGGAGGAUCCGCUGGGAGAUACUCCGGUAUCCACUAUAAUGCAGGAUACCGUGAACAUUAUGAAGCUCCAGAAAAAAGCGAGCAUCUCUUUUCUCCCCACAGCGGUGUAUCUCAGUCGCACGUUGUAUAUGAUCAUCAGGGUGACUAUGAGCGAGGACAUGUGUAUAAAUGACGUUCCGAUCUGGAAUAUCAGAGUGUUGGAAAUAUCCACUGUGCGCGCGUAG